AUGCAAACCCUCUGUGCCCAGGCUUUGCCACCGGGAACUACCAACGCCGGAUGCAUCGAGCCAGUCAACAAUAUUACCAACACUUUCGACAUCCGAGAUGCUGGACCCCGUCCAUUUUAUGCCAUUGCACACAGGGUGCUUACUUCAAAGGGAGCCAAAGUGGCCCUUGACCACGGGGCCAAUGCUCUUGAAAUCGAUCUGACGGCAUGGAGUAAGAGAAACUUGUGGGCCAAACGCGAUGAAUGGUGGGCCGAUCAUGACGGGUUUGCUGCCAGCGCGGGCGACACGGCAAAGAACCUGUUCACCACAAUUGCUGAGGAACGUCGACAUGGUAAAGGAGUCAUCUUCGUAUGGUUCGACAUCAAGAAUCCGGACUACUGCGACCUUCAGCAACCCGGAUGCGGCAUCAAGGCAUUGCAAGAAUUAGCCCGCAAUAUUCUGCAGCCGGCAGGUGUGAGAGUGCUCUACGGGUUCAGCGGAAAAGACAUACAUAAAGGAGGGUACCGUUACGUCCGUGACUCAUUGAACGACAAUGAGGCAAUUGGCAUCGACGGAAAGCUGAAUGACGCAUUGGAGCGGAUCAAAUAUGGGCCCCCAAGACAAGUCUUCUCCAAAGGCUUAUUCAACAACAACUUCUUUUUCCGCCUGGCCUUCGGCAACUGCAGAGACGAUAACAAAACUUGCUCACAGCUACGUAAAGCUGUCGAAUCCAAGAAGUUCAAACAUGUAUUUGGUUGGACAUUGUCCCAAGGCCAACAACGGAUCGCGCACGAAUUGCUGGGAAUUGCCGGUGUCGAUGGUAUUAUAUACGGACAUGUGAUGUCCCAUUACUCGGACAGCAAUAACGCUCGCGCCACGCUCGGCCUCUUGACGGACUGGCUCAAGAAUCAUCCGGAAAGGCUUUACAUGGCAACCGUCAACGACAGCCCGUGGUAA